UUCAGACUAGAAGCUUGACUGUGAUUGAAUCACGAGACCCCACUGUUACUGUAUGAUAAAAAUGCAGAUGUCAAAGAAUAUUUAAGAGUUGCUGAACGUCCUCAAGAUCUAGAAAUAUGAACGCGGAAGAUAUUUCAAAACGCACGCACAAAACGUGAGGAGGCGGGAUGGAUGGAAAGAACAGAGAGCGGCAACGGACACGGAACGCUUGCAACAGAACCGAAAGCGCCAGUGUCCUGCGCUCGCUCAGCGUCGACAACAUAGACGACAAUGAGACAAUGGGAGACGAGUUGGACCGGGGUAAACAUUGUGGUCUUGAACGGCGGCUUUUUGCUCCGCGGUACAGCUUGCUUCGUGAAGUUGGCAGGGGCAGUUAUGGCGUUGUGUACGAAGCCAUUGCCCGUAAAUCAGGUGCGAGAGUGGCGGUGAAGAAGCUGCGCUGUGACGCGCCUGAGAAUGUGGAGUUGGCGCUGGCGGAGUUUUGGGCUUUGACCAGCCUGGAGAAACGCCACGAGAAUGUGGUGCAGCUGGAGGAGUGUGUGCUCCAGAGGAACGGGGUGGCCCAAAAAAUGAGCCAUGGCAAUAAGCGUUCAAAGCAGUAUUUGAGGUUGGUGGAGACCUCGUUGAAAGGUGAGCGUGUAUUGUCAUGUCCUGAUGAGCCCUGCUACCUCUGGUUUGUAAUGGAGUUCUGCGAGGGAGGGGAUCUGAAUCAGUUCAUCCUGUCUCGUCAGCCCGAUCCCUGCACCAAUGCCAGCUUCAUGAUGCAGCUGAGCAGCGCUGUGGCAUUCCUGCAUCAAAACAACAUUGUUCACAGAGACCUUAAACCAGAUAAUAUCCUCAUUUCGCAGCGUUCUGGCACACCCGUGUUGAAAGUGGCUGAUUUUGGACUGAGCAAAGUUUGUGCUGGUAUUGGUGCCGGAGUACGGGAACCAGAGGAGGGACGAGACAAAAACAAGAAUAGUGUUAACAUCAACAAGUUCUGGCUGUCAUCGGCAUGCGGCUCGGACUUUUACAUGGCACCGGAGGUGUGGGAAGGGCAUUACACAGCCAAAGCAGACAUUUUUGCUCUGGGCAUUAUCAUCUGGGCCAUGAUCGAGAGAAUCACGUUCAUUGACGCUGAAUCAAAGAGGGAACUGCUUGGGACGUAUGUGCGGCAGGGUUCUGACAUUGUCCCGGUUGGAGAGGCGCUUCUGGAGAACCCAAAGAUGGUGUUGAGUAUUCCCCAGCGCAGACGCUCACACAUGUCCGAGGCGCUCCGGAAACUUUUGCAGGACAUGCUGGCCGUCAAUCCUCAGGACCGACCAGACGCAUUAGAGCUACACAACAGAAUGGGAAAGGUCACGUGUGCAGCGUAAAAUCUGAACUUUGACCUGAAUGCACACACAGGUUUUCCCUUUCCACAUCAGCCCAGAAGGGGCCACAUUGCUUGGACAACUGUGAAUCUUCCAUUGCUGAUUUAAUGUGAAGAGUACGAAGUGCUCAACUUGAACAUUAAUACAAACUUUCAACUGACCUUUCACUUUUUUUGUUUACAGUAGUGAUUUAAACGAAUCAUUGAGCAAGCCCAGAAGUGUUCAGCCUAACUCAUCAUCAGUUACGUCACUAAAAGUGAAGUAAAGCUAAAAACAAUGUUGUGAUACAGUGAGUACAAUCAAGCUAAAACAAGCAAGCUCUUUAUUAGUCUUACUGAAGGACUAGGACUCUAAAAUUGUUCAUGGAGCUUCCCUAGUUGCUCAUAUUCUCAUAACAAUCUUUUGCCAUAAAUAAGUCAACAGAAGUAUUUCAGUUAUUUGAUCAAGUUUUAAGGGCAGUAAACAUUAAAGUUUUUUUUCAAGACAUG